AUGGUAGGUUUAUCUGUGAGCAUGGUGGGAUUUUCUACUAUUGAACCAAAAAUUAACACCAAAGGAACUAGUGUUGAAAUUGCAAUGAUAGAGAAUGUUGGACAAGAUAAAAAUAGCAAACAAAUAAAUAAACAAUUUAAAAUUGUUAUUUUCCAUCCAUUUGAAUCAAGAUUAUCAAGCAUUACCAAAAGUUGCAAGAAUGUAUCUAGAUUGUUUAUAUCUGGUCAUUUAUCUCAGGAACCUGAAUUUCAACAAUCUAAACCUCAACAGAAAUCACAACAACAAUUUCAACAAGAACUUGAACUCCAACAAAGUACUGAACUUCCCAGUCAACCAACUAAUCAAUCUGUUAAACAACAAGUACAAUCGUCAAAUGCAAAAAAAAAAAAUCAAACUUUCUGA